AUGUUACGCGUCCGCCUCCCCUUCCCUUCUCGCCGCCGUCUCCGGGGCCCCGCCGAGGCCCUCCGCCCGGAGCCCCCUCCCCUCGUCCCCGAAGCCCCACCGCAGGGGCCGCCCCGGGGCUCUGUGGAGGCGCCCCAGUCUCGGAGCGCCUCGUCCCUCCUGACAGCGGAGGACCGAAGGACUGACAGCCCCAGCCCAGCCCCCCGGCCGCCCUCGAGCGCGCCGCGGAGCUGUCACCCGGCCGCUGCCCUUCCUCGCGCCUUAGGAUUAUCCCCUCCCGCUCCCCGCGCGGCCCGAGCACGGGGAGAGGCCCAAACUGGCGCCCCGGUACUCACCCCGCCCCAGGAGCGGCGCUGCCCGCCGCAGGAUGAGUGGAGCCCGGGUCGCCGAAGGAAGUCGCGCCGGGUGGGUGUGUGCGGCAGCGCGCGGACCCGGUGCCCCGGGGCGCGACGCCUCCAGCCCCGGCCCAGCCCCGGCCCAGCCCCCGCCCUCCGCUCCGCGGUCCCUGCGCCCGCCGCCCGCGGCCCGAGGAGCCAGCCGCACCCGCCCGCCGCCGCGUCUCCCCAGCCCUCCGCGCUGCGGCCCCAUCCCCGCCCCCACCUCAGCUGUGGUUGCUCCGACGAGUCAGGUGACGGCGGCGGACAAACCCGGGCGAGUCCUCCACGCAGCGCCUCGCGGCCCCCUCCCAGCUACUCACACACGCCGCCCCCCCGGGGCCGCGAGCUUCCAGGCAAGGGGGCCGCGCGCGAGCAUCCCCGGCAGGCGCGAGCGGAGAGGAGGGAGGCGGGGAGGCCGACGCCCGCCCAGCCAACCACCCUCCGCGAGGCGCCCGGCAGCCCGUCUGCUCCCUGGACCCGCACCCAGCACGCACUGCGCGCGCGCGCCGCGCACACCUGCCGGCCGUCUGCAGGAUGCGCCGGGCGGCGGGGGCGUUGGCGCAGCAGGGCGAGCGCGGUCCGCGAGUUCUGCUCCGUGGACGCCGGGGCUGGGGCGUCGUCGCGCGCUGCCUGGAAAAACCCAGCCCUUUCUCCCCUACAUUUGACUCGCCCGCCAGCCAAAGGGAGCAGAGGCCUCGAUGGGCAGGACGUUUUAAAAUGUCAAAUUCUGCUGGCCCACAGGGCCCUUACCUGUGUGUCCUCAACUCCUUGGAGCGCCUCCACUUGUCUAUAUUUUAGUUGGGAGCUGGCGUGGGCAGUUCGUUCUCUAGCCACUUUGGUCUUAAACGCAUACUGA